GCAGCAUCAGCAUCAGCAUCAGCAUCAUCAUCCCGCCGCUCAGCCCAGCCCAGCCCUUUUCCUUCGAUGGACAACAACGGGCCCAGGACCAAAGGAGAUGCCCUGCAGGUGAGCGGGGCCAGGAGGGAAUGGGGAAGGAGCCUAGAGAGGAAGGAGACAAGUUACAUUGAAGAUAACUCAAGCAAAAAUGGUGCCAUCUCCCUGAUUUUCUCUCUCAAAGAAGAAGUAGGAGCAUUAGCUAAAGUCUUAUGCUUGUUUGAGGAGAAAGAUAUAAAUCUAACCCACAUUGAAUCCAGGCCAUCUCUUCUAAAUAAAGACGAAUAUGAGUUCUUCAUAAAUCUGGAUAACAGGAACAUACCAGCCCUGGAUGAAAUCAUAAAGAGCCUGAGACUCGAAAUCGGUGCCACUGUUCAUGAACUUUCUCGAGACAAGAAGAAGGACACAGUGCCUUGGUUCCCAAGAACAAUUCAAGAGUUAGAUAAAUUUGCCAAUCAGAUUCUCAGCUAUGGGGCUGAACUGGACGCAGACCACCCAGGUUUUAAAGAUCCUGUAUACCGGGCUAGACGGAAGCAGUUUGCUGAUAUUGCCUACAACUACAGACAUGGGCAACCCAUCCCGAAGAUUGAAUAUACAGAAGAGGAGAAGAAAACAUGGGGCACAGUGUUCAGAACCCUAAAAUCAUUAUAUACAACACAUGCCUGCUAUGAACACAACCACAUUUUCCCUCUUCUGGAAAAGUACUGUGGUUUUCAAGAAGGCAACAUUCCACAACUAGAAGAUGUUUCACAGUUCCUCCAAACCUGUACUGGGUUUCGCAUUCGACCCGUGGCCGGCCUUCUUUCUUCCCGGGAUUUUUUGGGCGGGCUGGCAUUCCGAGUGUUCCACUGUACCCAGUACAUCAGACACGGAUCCAAACCGAUGUACACACCAGAACCGGACAUCUGCCAUGAGCUUCUCGGACACGUGCCAUUGUUUUCUGACCGGAGCUUUGCCCAGUUUUCCCAGGAAAUUGGACUUGCGUCUUUGGGUGCCCCUGAUGAAUAUAUUGAGAAGCUCGCUACGAUUUACUGGUUUACUGUGGAGUUUGGGCUGUGUAAACAAGGUGGCUCCAUAAAAGCUUACGGUGCCGGGCUUCUGUCUUCAUUUGGUGAAUUACAGUAUUGUUUAUCGGAAAAGCCUCAGCUUCUGCCACUGGACCUGGAAAAAACAUCAGUCCAGAAAUACAGCGUCACUGAAUUUCAGCCCACUUAUUUUGUUGCUGAAAGCUUUAAAGAUGCAAAGGAAAAAGUGAGAAACUUUGCUUCAACAAUUCCUCGACCCUUCUCAGUGCGCUAUGAUCCAUACACACAGAGGAUUGAGGUCUUGGACAAUGCAGAUCAGCUUAAAAUUUUGGCCGAUUCCAUCAGUGGUGAAGUUGGAAUACUCUGCGGUGCCCUUCAGAAAAUAAAAUGAAGAUUGAUUCAGCAACCUCAUGUGCCAGAAGUAACACACCAAAUUGAUUGCAGGAAAAUAUUGCAUUCUCUUUAUUUUUCUCACCUAAUCCCUAAGUGUAAACUCUCUAGCAUUAACCCUACGAAUUACUGUCCUUCUGAGCUUGGGGAUAUAAUUUGAUUAGAUAUGAUUCUAUUUUCUCAGUUUAGCUUUGGCUUUUUUGACAAGACUUUGAUUCUAAUUUGAAUUUAGGACCUGUAUUAGUCAAACAAUGUCCUAUUUUGCUGUUGAUGGAAUAUGAACUCAUGAAGGAAUGAUGAAAAUUAUAUGUUAGAUUCAAUUGAA